UGGGGUGCCAAAGCUUUCCAAUGCCAAUGGAGACGGAUUUGUAAAUUUUCAUUUUUUCUUCCUAAAUUGUUCAAUGGUGAAAAACCAAAUUCUUCAUUAUGUAAUAUUUAGAAUGGCACACGAAGACAUGCGAAUAAAUUUGUAACUUUACUCAGUUACAAAUUUAUUGGUCUGUCUUCCUGUAAUCUGUAUACAGGUCUAUCAAAAUUACAGGAGUUUGUACCACAAAUUCCAACCACAACUUUAAAUAUCAUGUGAAGAAUCCUGUCGUGCACGUCAUUUUCGAAUUCAGGGACCAUAUCCAAGUAUCUGGAGAUUUCCUACCAUGCAGUUGCACGUUAUGAGAAAAUUGGGAAGAAUGGAGUAUUCCCAGGUGGGGACUCGGGAGAUUCCUAUAGUUGUAUUCCCAAAUGGAGAUCAAGUUAUAACACAAAUUUCUUCCCAUUAAAAUCUGCUAAAACUUUUUACAGAUAUACCAUGUUCAGGGUAAGGAUUCACCCAUCUGGGUUGGAUUCAACUCGGGCUGUAGCAUCCUUGAGAAAUUCAAAACAAUCUGGUUUUUGUAGAUUUCAUUUGGGCUCUCAUUCAAAUUUUUUGUCAUCAACUCCUCUGGAUGGCAGGAAACGCUGUCGUCGAUUGCUUCAUACAAAUGGUAUAUUGCACAGUGCACCAACCCAGCUCUUAAUCAGAGCUCAAUCAAAUGAGGGGGCUUUGGAGAUUGAUAUAAGGGAUAAUGAGUCUGGAGGAGAUUUCGGGGUUUCAGGGGAAUUCUUGAGUGCAGUAGGAUUAAUAAUAGGCACUGCAGUUGGGCCAGGAAUAUUGGGUUUGCCUGCAGCAACAAUAAAUGCCGGUACUCUGCCAUCAACUGUGACCAUUUUGGUCUCAUGGGUGUAUGCCAUUUCAUCCAUCUUGCUUGUUGCAGAGCUUUCUUAUGGUGUCAUGGAGGACAGAGGACUGGAAGAGGUGAGUUUUACUGGCCUAGCAAAGCAUACUUUGGGAGACAAUAUGGGAAUUCUUGUUGCAGUGGUUUAUGCAGUUUUGAACUAUGCCCUUUUGGUUGCUUGCAUUGCUGGCCUGGGUUCUCUUGUUCAGACAUUGAUGCCCUCUCUGUCGUCUCUCGUGGCUUGUGCUGUGUUUCCUGUCAUAGUUGGUGGGCUUAUAGGAUUAGCAUCCUUUAAGGUAAUUGAUGGUGUGAAUAGAGCUUUGUGUGCUCUUAUGGUUGCAUCUAUUGCUGCACUUGUGGCAGUGGGGGUAUUUGUACAGAGACACCGUAUAUUUGAUUCUUUGAACCAUGCAGUGUGGGCUCCAGAUGUUCUUUUACCUGCUGUCCCUGUAACUGUGCUCACUCUGGGGUUUCAUGUCAUAACGCCCUAUAUAUGCAAGGUUGUGGGGAGAGAACCUAGGGAUGCCCGAAUUGCUAUUAGCUGUGGUGGGGUUGUGCCUCUUCUAAUGGUCUUGUCAUGGAAUGCAGUUAUUUUAGGCCUUGCUCGGUCAAGUACCCAUUCUAGGACAUUGGAUCCAAUAAAACUCUUGCUGUGUCUGAAUUCCUCUGCUGUGCCUGCAGUGCAAGCAUUUAUCUUUACAGCCCUCGGAACAACACUGAUUGGUUAUGCCCUCAGUUUUCCUAAACAGUUGUAUGAUACUAUUUGCUUGAUUAGCAUGGUUGUCCAAAAGCAUUCUAAAGCAUAUUUGGGGAACUUUCCCAACAAAAUGGAAGCUGAAAAAAUAGUGAGAAAUGGCAAUGGAGCUGAAAAUAUUGCACAAAGAACUGGUACAGCCAAUGGAAGUGGCAGAGAGGCUAGCUCGGAUGACCUGGUAGAGGGUCAGGAACCUGGUAGAAUGGGUGGACAACAAGAAAUAGCUUUGAAAGAUUCUUCUAGCAGUGGGUAUGGAAUAAAAAAACCUGCUUACAACGAGCUGAAUUGUGCUCAGCGUGAUGGAAAUAUACAAACAUUGAACAUGGAUACCUGUGGAGAGGACAACAACGAUAUUUCUGGAAACUCCUCUGGUAAGAGCCCGGGCAACAAAUUGCCUCUAUCAGGCGUAGAAAGUGGCAGUACUGGAAGUAAAGAUGACAUUUCGUCUACUGAAACAGCAAACUUGUCUAGUCUAAGUCAGUCGAAAUCAGGAGAAGCCUUGAUGGUAUGCCUUGUUCUAGGUCCUCCCACUCUUAUUUCAGCCUUCUUCCCCAAAGCUUUUGCAGCAGCGCUUGAUUUUGCUGGGGUCUAUGCCAACUGUUUCUUGUUUGGCGUCUUACCUCCAUUGAUGACAUGGAUCUAUCGCUACAACAACGUGAAAAGGGAAAAAGAUAUGGGCAGGAGAAGUGAAGUUUUACUUCCUGGAGGAAAAGGAGCAAUAGCGAUGCUGUUUGCUAUGGCAAUUUUCCUCGGAUUCAGGUUGCCAAGUUAGAUCAACAUGUUAACUGGUGAUUGACAUGUUGAUCGAAUAAGAAAAAUCAUUCUGGAUUUUUUUCGAAAAUCGGAUUUGAUCAAAUGUGGCCUCAUAAUUUUAUUAGUGCUGAGGCAUCAUAGUUCUAUCAGACACAAGUUGAAAACUUGUAGUAUAUGUCAUAUUGAAAGUUUUAUCGUGCGCUUUUUUGCCAUUUCUUAGCUAUAUUUUCUACCGCUCUCCUCUUCACGACGUGCCACCUCAAUUAGUUGACAUGGAAGGACAAUAAUAUUAGGUUUUUUCAUGUUUUUUUAAUUUCUAGAUUAAAAAACAAAUGAAUUCAUAACAGCAUUUUAGUUAGGCUAAUUUCAACACA